AUGACGACGAUGUACGCCACUCCGGCUGCGGCCAACUACUACGUGACUCCCAGCCGGCAUCACAAAGAGCGCGGUGCCCGCCUCUGCGACGCAUGCGGCGCGAUCGAGAACCCCGCCGUGCGCCAAUUCCGCCUGUGCGGCGGCUGCAUGACUACCAACUAUUGCUCGCCCGAAUGCCAAAAGACGCACUGGCCGGGUCACAAAGCAAUCUGCCAACAUACCGCCGCAGCUGUCGCCGCCUCGAAACAACAACCGCUCUCCGAGUCGUAUCCCGACGAGAACCUCGCGAAGCUCCUCCGCCGCUUCGCAUCACUGCACACAUCACUUCUCGGAUGGGUCGGCUUCCAAGCACUACAGCUCCGCCGCGUACCCGCCAACGCACGGAACAACGCUGUUCUGGUCGAGCUGUAUAUGCGCGCACCUGGGACGCUCGCUGUCAAGGGUUGCCAUAUCGUACCGCGGACAUAUGUCACAGGACGUGACCCGCUCGUUGCUGCGGACAUUGCUCGCCGCGAGGACCGCUGCCGUCGCGCCGGUGGACUGGGUUGCGCAGUUGUACUUGUACAAUGCGGCGGUCUGAGCCAGGUCAUGCCUGUCGAAGUCGACGCGCCGUCGACCAUCACUUGGGAUGAUCGCGCGGACUGGGAGGACGUCUUGAGGCACUUCGUCGAUGCCGGCCGCGGGGACUUCAAGCCCAUCUCCACCACCUCCCGAGGCGUCUACUACGGAUGA